AUUUACAGACUAGAGCUAGAGAUUGACAAUCUUGAGAAGCAAGAAAUACAGCUGUCUGCUAAGGAAAUACAGGUCUUGCAGAGACUGAAAUCUGUGGAGAGAACUACAGAGGACAUCAUUAAAGCUGUGAAAACAGAAGCUCGUGAAGAACCCGUAAAGGAUAUAUAUGCUGGCAUACCUGACCUACCACCUUCAUAUAAGCCAACAUUUGUCAGAAAAAUGGAAAGUGCCCAGCUUGAGAAUGGGGAUGAACCAAGAAAGGCAUUAUUUGCCAUGGAAAUCAAAGUUGAAAAAGACACAAAGACUGGAAAGAACAUAGUGUUAUCCUCAAUCCCGGUCCCCUCCAAUGAGUUUAAAGAUACAGGAGUUAAAGUUUAUGAUGAUGGGAGGAAGUCUGUGUUUGCUGUAAGCUCUGAAGGCAAGACAGCUAAAAAUGAAGUAAACAGUCUUGCUCCUAUGGAAGUAGAGGAACUCUUGAGGAAAGCUACAGAGAAGAGCACACAGUCUCCUACAGAAUACCAUGAACCUGUAUAUUCCAAUCCUUACAACAGUUCCACCCUCCAUAAAGGGCAGGUUCAGCAAAAUGUAAAUGGUCACAGCUCACCAGUCAUUGUGAACCAGCAAAAUGGUCACAGUCCAACAGUAGUGGGAGAUAUAUUCCCAAAGAAACAAUCUGUGCCAAAAGUUUAUUCACAGCCAAAUGUUAUCAUGCAAAAUGGACAAUCAGCCCAUGCAGAACCACAACUGAAAGAAGAUUUCCAUCAGGCAGUGUUUGUUAACUCAGAAGGAUACACCACCAAGUACUCUACUGCUGCUAAUAUGGAAGAUGACUUGGAACCCAGUGUUGUCCAUGCCACACCAUGUUACAUAGAUGACUCUGAGCCAGUUACUAUGAUUUUCAUGGGCUACCAGCAUGCUGAUGAAAAUGAAAGCAGACCACUUACAGAUUACGAGGGAGUCAUUCGUGCAGAACUGGUCAUCAUUGAUGAUGACAAUGACAAAGAAGAAGAAGCAACUGUGGAAGAACUGAUUAGGCAACCAGAAACCAAAGCAGAACCCAUUUCUAGUCCUCCUUUGCCAAAUAGUGUUGCACAUAAACUACCCAAACACAAUAUCGCACUGCAUGGUCCUCAACCCUACAAGAACUCAAUAUCUUUACAAGAACAAGAAUCUAGCUUGGGUCCUCACAACUAUGUUCCUGUGUCCAAACAGAUUACAGAUGAUGGAACUGAGGACCCAUCAUUAACAGCAUUGAGAAUUAGAAUGGCCAAGCUGGGGAAAAAAGUGAUAUAA